UGAUGCUUAGUAAUGGGAAACCAGAGCAGCAGAGUAAGUGACUUGCUCUUCUGUGCCCUUGAAGACCUCUCUGAGAAAGACUUCAAAGAAUUUAAAGACAAAUUGCUAUAUUCCAAAUUUAAGGUGAAAGGUAAUAUUUCUCGAAGUCAGCUGGAGAAUGCUGACAAGAUAGACACUAAGAACCUCCUGAUGAGAUUUUAUGGUGAAGACACUGCAGUCAGUGUGGCCAUAGAAGCUUUAAUGAAAAUCAAUCGCAGAGAUACUGCUGCCAAACUCAGAGGAGAGAGAGAGAAAGAUCUUGGCCUGAAUAAAAUAUCAUUGGACCUGACAGAAAAUGAUUACAGAGUGAAGUAUAGAGAAUAUAUAUUCAAAGAGUACCAAUACAUAAUAGACAGGAAUGCUCGUCUUGGUGAGACUGUGACUCUAAACAGCAGGUACACAAAACUGAUUAUGGUUAAUGAACAUCGUCAUGAAAAGGAAAGAGAACAUGAAAUCAUGGCCAUGGGACAGAGACAUGCAGAAAUCAUGAAGAAACAAGCAAUUUCUUCAAUUACAAUAGACAGUCUUUUUAACCCCAAUAAAAAUGGGCAAGUUCCAGAAACUGUUGUGCUGGUGGGAGCUGCAGGAAUUGGAAAGACAGUGACAGCAAGAAAGAUCAUGCUGGACUGGGCAGCUGGAAAGCUCUACCAGGAAAAUUUUGAUUAUGUUUCCUACAUAAAUUGUAGGGAAUUGAACCUUCUUACCAAUGACAAAAGUGUGGCAGAUAUAAUUCUGAAAAACUAUCCAAUUAAUAAUGCACCAAUUGAACACAUUUUCAUGCAUCCAGAAAAGCUCCUCUUCAUAAUUGAUGGUUUUGAUGAACUGAGGUUUAAUUUGGAUCAGCCUGAAAGUGAUCUGUGCUCUGAUCCCUGGGAGAAGAAAGCAGUGGAAGUCAUACUGGGUAGUUUAUUUAGAAGAACAGUUCUCCGUGAAUGCUACUUGAUAAUCACUACCAGACCAAUUGCUCUGGAGAAGCUCAGACAGCAUGUGAAAUGUGCUUAUUAUGCAGAAAUCCUGGGAUAUUCUGAAGAGGACAGGGAGGAGUAUUUCUACAAGUUCUUUGGAAAUGACAGGCAAGCCUUGCAUGCCUUCAACUUUAUCAGUGAAAAUGAAGUUCUCUUCACCAUGUGCUUUGUCCCCAUCAUGUGUUGGAUCAUCUGCACGGUUCUGAAACAACAAAUGGAAAGGGGUGAAGAUCUUGUACAGACCUCAAAGACAGUCACUGGAGUGUAUAUCCUGUUCCUCUUCUGCUUAAAAGACUCUUCUAGCAGUAAUUUAAAGCUGCAGAUGCAAACCCAGAUGAGGAGACUUUGUUCUCUGGCUGUGGAUGGGAUCUGGGAGCAGAAGAUACUCUUUGAGGAAAAAGAUAUCAAGAAGCAUGGCUUAGACCAGGCAGACUUUCUCCCCCUCUUUCUGAAUGAGAACAUUUUUCAAAGAGACAUUGGCAGUGUGAGUGCCUACAGCUUCAUUCAUUUAAGUUUCCAAGAGUUUUUUGCAGCUUUGUUUUAUGUUCUGGAAGAGGAUGAGGAUACAAGGAAGGAUUCAGUGACUCCCAAAAGAGAGGUGAAUACUCUUCUAGCAUACUAUGGAAAGUCUAGGCAUUAUUUGAUGCUAACUGUGCGAUUUUUGUUUGGUCUCUUAAAUGAGAACAGAAGGAAAGACAUAGAGGAAAAACUUGGCUAUAAAAUGUUACCAAAUCUGAAGACAGACGUAGGAACUUGGAUUAGCUCAUUUUAUCCAUCAGCAAAUAACCAAAUUGAAGAUCUUGAGGCAUUGUACUGUUUGUAUGAGAGCCAAGAAGAGCAACUUGUGAAAAAUGCAUUGAUGCAUUUCACUAAAUUAGAGUUACGGGGGAAGCUACUGACCCCAAUGGAUCAACAGGUUCUUUCUUUCUGUGUAAAAUCUUGCCCCCAAAUGAAGUCACUUCUUAUAUGUCACUGUGGAUUUAGACUUGAAAGCCAUGAGGAAAAAGAAUUCCAAGGGCCAUCAAAGCAGUUGUGCCAGGAACAAGGGACUCAGUCCCCUAUUUACCUGCUCUGUCAAGCACUGAAGGAGCCAAACUGCAAAUUAGAGACGCUAAAGUUGUGGAGUUGCAAUCUUACAAGUUCUUGCUUUGAGGAUCUCAAUUCUGUUCUCAGAAAAAAUGACAGCCUGAGAGAGUUGGACUUAGGUGACAAUGUUCCGGGAGAUUAUGGAGUGCAGGUGCUUUGUGAAGGAGUGAAACAAUCAAAAUUGGAAAGACUGGGCUUGUGGAGUUGCCGUCUCACAGGGGCUUGCUGUGGGGAUCUCUCUGCUGUGCUCAGCACCAAGCAGAGCCUGAUAGAGCUGGAGCUGGGUCACAAUGAUGUGGGGGACUUCGCAGUGCGCAGGCUCUGCGAGGGACUGAAACAUCCGAACUGCAAGUUACAGAGACUGCGGUUGUGGUGGUGCAAAUUCACAGGCACUUGCUGUGGGGAUCUGGCAGCUGUUCUCAGGAGCAACCGAAGUCUGGUAGAGCUGGAGCUGGGUGGUAAUGAACAUCUGGGAGAUGCUGGAGUGCAGCAGCUGUGUGAGGGCCUGAAGCAUCCAAACUGCAAGUUGCAAAAACUGGGGUUGAAUGAUUGUGAUCUCACAGCUGGUUGCUGCAGGGAGCUGUCCAUAGUUCUUAGUACUAGCCAGACCCUGACAGAGCUGGACCUGCGGGAGAACCAGCUGGGACAUUCAGGAGUGAAGCUGCUCUGUGAGGGGUUAAAACAUCUGAAUUGCAAACUGCAGAAAUUGCGGUUGAGCCGUCACAUGGUUCAGAAAGAAACAAAGCAAGAGCUGGGUGCUGUGAAAGAAAUUAAGGCCGGUCUGGUCAUAGAGUCAAACUGGUGAUCAGGACCCCCUGUUCCAACAUACCCUGCCUGCAUGGCCUUGGAUCAAGCACGCCUUGCUAGGCCAAGCACCUGAACUACCACACCUGCUCCUGACCUCUAGUGAAGGCAACGGCCUCAGUUUUCUGCAGUCGAAUUGGUGGCCAAAAGUGCCACACACCCCUGAUAAGCACACCUGUAGCUCCAGACUCUAGGUAUGCCUUGGCACAGCCUCAGACUAUUCUGGCAAGCUUUGUGUUCAUAGCUCUCCAGUUGUCCUGGCUCCUGACUUGGCUUUGGCUUUCUCUGACCCAGAUCUUGGAUCUCCCCUGCACCUCAGCACCGGCCCUGCUUUCUCUGGUUUUCUCAGCAUCCUGACUCAGCUUGGAUUUCUUGACCCUGACCUCAGAUCUUCUUUGGAAAUCAGCACCAGUUCUCUGACCCCUGGUUCCUGAUUUUGGCUUAUGCCCUGGAUUGAAUCUCUUGGUUCUCCCCUUUCGGCCCCAGUAACUUCUGCCUCAGCUCUGCUGACCCCCAGGUCACCCCUAGUGGUCUAUCACAAGCCUAACCACUCACACCCUGGUUGAACCCUCACACUACCACUACCCAGGGGAGCAGGAGGGUCUGGCCGAGGGAAUUACUACCACAUGUGGUGGGGGCUGGGAGGCCACUUCUACUGAAGGAGCAUGAAAGAAUCUUGAGGAGCAGCUGGUUUGGCGACAUAUUUGAUCUGAUGUUAGAAGGGGAUAGUUGGUUAGUUGGAGGGAACAGGAGGGAGGUAGGGAGUCAGGAUAUAGAAGACAUGGGACCAAGAGAUGAGAGGGGUGUGGGAACGGCCCUCUCGCAGUCCUUGUGGGAACAGCGGAGAAACGUGAGGGCCCAUCUCUGGACCACCGUGGAGUUUCUGUUCUGGCACCACAAUUCAUUUGCUGUUCUUUGUGUAUCUAUCAGGGUGUCUGCUAUGAUAGGAUUCCACAGCUGCCCACUUUACUUGCUCCUUGCACAUCCCUACUGUUGGCUUGUGCAAGGUUUGAUGGAAUCCAAUAAAGAUCACAAAAUCACA